AUGACGACCAAGGUAAAGCUUGAAAUGGAACCCAAAAGCGGCGAGGUUGACCCGUCUAGAUCAGCUCUACUGAUCAUUGAUAUGCAGAGAGACUUUUUGGAGCCAAAGGGCUUUGGAGAAUCUCUGGGAAAUGAUGUAACCAAACUCCAACGGGCCAUUGAGCCUUGUCAGAGAGCCUUGAAGGCAGCUAGAGAUAAGAAAAUGCUCGUCAUUCAUACUCGAGAAGGGCAUCGACCUGACAUGACGGAUGUACAUCCCUACAAACUAAACAAACGAGGAGCUUGUCCACCAGUCAUUGGACAACCAGGUCCAAAUGGACGCAUCUUGAUUCGGGGAGAGCCAGGACAUGAUAUUAUUCCACAACUCUAUCCAGCUGCAUCAGAACCCAUUAUUGACAAGCCAGGAAAGGGUUCCUUUUACGCAACCGAUUUGGAGGCCAUACUGCAAGCACAAUCCAUUGAAACCAUUUUUGUCUGUGGAGUCACAACAGAAGUUUGUGUCCAUACCACCAUUCGAGAAGGAAAUGAUCGUGGGUAUCAUUGCAUUGCUCUCUCGGAUGCGUGUGCUUCCUACUUUGAUGAAUUCCAUACUGUGGCUUUGAAAAUGAUAUCUGCACAGGGAGGCAUCUUUGGAAGUGUAUCAUCAGUUGAUCAAUUCGUGAAAUCCUUGAACAGCUAG